AUAGGAAAUGUCAAAUUUCGCGCUUUGAUUGGAUUGUGUCUCCUAUAAAAUAUUUAUUUACAUUUUACUGUUUAAAAUUUUUACUUUACACCGAAUAAUGUAGACAUUUCCUUAGUUAAGUAAAACGUGUUUCAAUAGGGUUAAUCAGUGAUUGGUUUCAGACGCUUUGCCUAUGGUUUAAGUUUGAUAGAUCAGAAUCAGUUUCAGUUAACGGAAUAAUCAAGUACAGCACUUACCAUUUCAAACGUUCGUAUCAUAGCAGUUUAAGGUUCGCAAUGAGUUUAAAUGAUUAUAUCGAAGAAAGGUGGAGUGAAAUCGUUGAAAAUGAACCAGAAGAAACUCAACCAAUUCGUAGGGCAACAAAAGAAAAAAUGAAGAGUGACAGCAGAGAAAACUCUAGCAGUCGGAAAAAAUCAAAGCCUAACACCAAAAAUGAUAUGGAGAAAAACAGUAAACCUCCAAAGAAGCCACUUGAGUUGGAGACAGAUCCUGAAAUAUUGCAAAGGCGCCAAAAACAGAUAGACUAUGGAAAAAACACUGUGGGCUAUUACAAUUACACACAAAAAGUGCCUAAAGAUACACGUGCAAAAGAACACCCUAAAACCCCUGAUAAAUUCGCAAAAUAUAGUCGAAGAUCUUGGGAUAUGUUGAUCAAAAUGUGGAGGAAAAAACUUCAUGAAUAUGAUGGUGGUGACAAAGAUUGUGAUGAUGAAUUGUGUGAAAAUCUUUCAGAACCAGAUUGCUAGAUAUAUAAUGGCUAAUUGUGUUCCAAUGAAAGAACAUUUUAGAUUUCACUAGCUUAUAAUGACAUUUAUGUAUUAAUAUUAAUUGGUGUGCAGCCAAUAGGUAAUAAAUAUAGAUGUUGUCUUUUAGAUGUAUAAAAUAAAUAACUAUGUAAGUA